AUGCAAAGACGGUAUGCAACAAGCGGGAGCGCGUUAUUUGUUCAAGCUAAUGGACAGAGGACGUGUGUUAAUUGUCUUGGAAAACACAAGUCAGAGAACUGUGAGAAAUUCAAGUCACCGGGAGAACGAAAGAAGCUGUUGGUUAAGUAUGCUAGAUGUUUUAGAUGCCUUAGAAAAAAUCACAGGUCUUACGAGUGUAAAUCGAAAGAUAGUAACUGUAAGGGCUGCGCGGGCGCGCAUCAUGUUUCAAUAUGCGAAUAUGGAAAUCAAGCUAGUGGCCAGACAGAAACGCCACAGCAGGGACGGGAGGAGAGCGAGCAAGCGGGAGAAGCUAGUUCCAAUCACGUAGCUUCGGGGUUUGUGGAAAGUUUUCAUGUUGGCUCUGGUACGCGCAUAGCUCUACAAACAGCGCAGGGCAUUGUUAGCUGGGAAGGGGGCGUAUCAGCUAGCACACGGUUUUUGUUUGACGCCGGAAGUCACUGCUCAUUCAUCACCACGUCGGCAGCGCGCAAAGCCAAACUUCCUGUCGUUAGGCGUGAAUGGCUUUGCAUUAACGCGUUUGGUCAGCGCGACCAGAAAGGCACGCUCAGAGAGGUAGUAGAGUUUAAUGUAAAUCCUGUAAAUGGAUGUGCUAGCAUUAAUGUGCAGGCGUUCUUAGUGCCAGAGAUUUCCAGCAUACCCAAUGGUCAUGUAGAGUUAGCUAGAGAUCAGUUUCCGCACCUCAAAGGCUUAUGGUUCUCAGAUGUGAAUAGGAAUGAGGAAAGACUAGAAAUAGAGAUAUUAGUUGGAGCGGAUUAUCUUUGGCAUUUUCAGAAAGGACGAGUAAUUCGAGGCAAAGUAGAGGAACCCGUCGCAGUAGAGACAGAGUUAGGAUGGGUAUUGCCAGGCCCUAUGACAGUAGAUAGUGAAUGUGUAGAGAAUGUACAGAUAGUACAGGCUAAUUUGUUAGUCCAAGACCGGUCAGCAGAGCAAUCAGAGAGUUUGGAGAGUGAGAUAGCGAGACUGUGGGAUUUAGAGACUCUAGGUAUUAGAGAGACACAGGGAGUACAGGAAGAAUUUCUGGAUAACAUUUGUUUCAAUGGAGAGAGGUAUUCGGUUAAGUUACCAUGGAAGGUCAACCACAGAUCGUUACCUACUAAUUACGAAAAAAAGCCUAGGACGCCUUCAUGGCACAAUAAGAAAGCUUAG